ACAAAAUGAGUGGGCAGAAAAACGCAGAGAAAAACGCAUCUUUCUGACCGGAGGCUGAUCCAGUGAUGUACCAGGGAGCAGCUCAUGUCGGACCGAGCCUACACCGUGGGCUGCUGGUAUUUGUGUUGACUGCAUUGACUCGAGACCUGAGCAAUGGCAGAGGAGUUCGGGCGUGGACUUACAACUACAGCACCACGCAAACCCGCAACUGGGAGUCGGCCCGCCGGUGGUGCCAGCUGAAAUUCACCGACAUGUUGGCCAUCCAGAACCAGGAGGAGACAGACUACCUCAACCAGCUGCUCCCCUUCAGGAGAACAUACUACUGGAUUGGCAUCCGUAAAGUGAACGGGGUCUGGACCUGGUUGGGGACUAAUAGGAGCUUAAGCACAGAGGCGGAGAACUGGGCAACCGGGGAGCCUAACAACAUCCGGAAUGGGCAGGACUGUGUGGAGAUUUACAUCAAGAGGGAGAAAGACACGGCCAAGUGGAAUGAUGAGAACUGCAAGAAGAGGAAGAGCACUGUCUGCUACACAGCCUCUUGUUCUGAGCUUUCCUGCAGUGUCCAUGCAGACUGUGUGGAGACCAUUGGAAACUACACCUGUCAAUGUCAUCCUGGUUUCCAGGGUCCGCGCUGUGAGGAGGUGGAACAGUGUCCAGCUCUGGACCUUGCUGUCAGUGGAGGGACUAUGAACUGCAGCCACCCCGUCGCCCUGCACAGCUACAACUCCACCUGCGAGCUCAGCUGUGAUGAAGGCUAUGACCUUGUUGGACAGAAUCUAAUAUCCUGUGACCAUACAGGCCACUGGACUUCAAAUGUCUCCACGUGUACAGUGAAACGGUGCGCCCCCAUUUCCUCUCCUACUGCGGGCAACGUGACUUGCAGAGGCACGCUGGGAUCCUUCUCCUUUGGCUCCAGGUGUAGCUUCACCUGUAGAGAGGGCUACUCGCUGAGCGGACACCACACACUCACCUGCCAAGCCUCGGCACGAUGGAGCGCAGCAAGACCUGAAUGUACAGCGGUGCAGUGCAGCACAUUGGAAACUCCCCCUCAUGGGUCUCUGCGGUGUCAGCAUCCUGUAGGAGAGUUCAGCUAUGGCUCCACCUGCACCACACAGUGCAAUGAGGGUUUUGAUCUGAUUGGCAACAACUUCACCCAGUGUUCCUCAACGGGUAACUGGAGCGACGCCCUUCCUGUCUGUCAGGCACGUCAGUGCCCCAUACUGGCCACCGCCCCACACCAAGGCUGGAUGAACUGCAGCCACCCCUACUUCCAUUUCAGCCACGGCUCACAAUGUGAAUUUGGAUGCCAUGCAGGGUUCUGGCUUCAAGGAGCGUCCACAAUACAAUGCAACACCUCAGGUGUCUGGAGUCACGAACUACCCACCUGCCAGGUGAUGCGCUGUGACGUCAUCUCUGCUCCGUCACCGCCCCUCUCCAUGAACUGUUCCCACCCUCUGGGGAACUUCAGCUACGGCUCCCGGUGCGCCUUCAGCUGCGAGGCGGGUUACGCUGUGAACGGGACGGAGGAGGUGCGUUGCGCCUCCAGUGGCCGCUGGGACAGCGACACCCCUACCUGCACAGCAAUCUCAUGCGGCACCCUGUUGGACCCGGAGAAAGGCUCUGUACUCUGUGAUCACCUUUAUGGGCCUCAUCGCUUCAAUUCUUCCUGCUGGUUUCAUUGUGACCUGGGGUACCGUUUAGUGGGAGCACCCAGAAUGCUUUGCCAAGCCAGUGGGAGCUGGGACCACCCGUCUCCUCUGUGCCAAGUGGAACAGUGUCCAGCUCUGUACCUUGCUGUCAGUGGAGGGACUAUGAACUGCAGCCACCCCGUCGCCCUGCACAGCUACAACUCCACCUGCGAGCUCAGCUGUGAUGAAGGCUAUGACCUUGUUGGACAGAAUCUAAUAUCCUGUGACCAUACAGGCCACUGGACUUCAAAUGUCUCCACGUGUACAGUGAAACGGUGCGCCCCCAUUUCCUCUCCUACUGCGGGCAGCGUGACUUGCAGAGGCACGCUGGGAUCCUUCUCCUUUGGCUCCAGGUGUAGCUUCACCUGUAGGGAGGGCUACUCGCUGAGCGGACACCACACAGUCUCCUGCCAAGCCUCGGCACGAUGGAGCGCAGCAAGACCUGAAUGUACAGCGGUGCAGUGCAGCACAUUGGAAGCGCCCCCUCAUGGGUCUCUGCGGUGUCAGCAUCCUGUAGGAGGGUUCAGCUAUGGCUCCACCUGCACGACACAGUGCAAUGAGGGUUUUGAUCUGAUUGGCAACAACUUCACCCAGUGUUCCUCAACGGGUAACUGGAGCGACGCCCUUCCUGUCUGUCAGGCACGUCAGUGCCCCAUACUGGCCACCGCCCCACACCGAGGCUGGAUGAACUGCAGCCACCCCUACUUCCAUUUCAGCCACGGCUCACAAUGUGAAUUUGGAUGCAAUAAAGGGUUCUGGCUUCAAGGAGCGUCCACAAUACAAUGCAACACCUCAGGUGUCUGGAGUCACGAACUACCCACCUGCCAGGUGGUGCGCUGUGACGUCAUCUCUGCUCCGUCACGGCCCCUCUCCAUGAACUGCUCCCACCCUCGGGGGAACUUCAGCUACGGCUCCCGGUGCGCCUUCAGCUGCGAGGCGGGUUACGCUGUGAACGGGACGGAGGAGGUGUGUUGCGCCUCCAGUGGCCGCUGGAAUAAAAAGACCCCUACCUGCACAGUGGUGCGCUGUGACGUCAUCUCUGCUCCGUCACGGCCCCUCUCCAUGAACUGUUCCCACCCUCUGCGGAACUUCAGCUACGGCUCCCGGUGCGCCUUCGGCUGCGAGGCGGGUUACGCUGUGAACGGGACGGAGGAGGUGCGUUGCGCCUUCAGUGGCCGCUGGGACAGCGACACCCCUACCUGCACAGAGGAGGGUCUUCUAGGGAGCACUGCCAUGCUGGUGUAUGGUGGUGCAGGGACGGCCUCUGUCGCCGCUGUACUUGGCAUGACAGGACUGCUCAUCCUGCUCACAAAGCAGAAGAAAGGUAUCAUGAACAUGGAAGAGUCCUUUUGGGAGAGAGAAAAUCCUGCAUUUGAGUUUUAAAAGCUGUGUGUGGGUUUUGUCAGAAGGAAGAGAGGAAAGUGUUUCCGGCGAGUGGACGCGAAACAGGAAGUCUCCUUUGCUCAAAUGAACGUUGACUGCAGUUAGUUCUUGAGGAGAAUUUUCAUUUACAUGUAAUACACAUUUAUUCAGUUAGAUUUAACUGCGUCCUGUGGGCUCAGGGACCACGGCCUUGCCUGGAGCUGCGUCCGAGGAGGAAACACCGAGGGCGGUCUGACAGGACGCGGAGGCGGGGCAGGCUAAGCUAACUGCUAGCCCAUGCAGACCGGAAGUUGCGACAGUCAUCCUGGCUGGCGUUCGUUCUCCUGGACAGUGAUUUUUUUUAUUAUUAUUUUUAAGUCUGUGUGUUGGUUUGGAUAUGUGUGUUGUUGUAUUUUUGGAUGUGUGUUCUGCCUUUGUGUUGCCCUUCUGUGGGCUGCAGGGAACGGUGUUUUAUUUCAUGUGCGCACGUGGAUGAAAUGGAACGACAGGGUUUCUGACUCUUAUAUCAGAUGAUAGUGAACGGAGGGUUCUAAUUGGAUCAUAUUUGUUUCCGGCAUUAACGCUUCACGGGUUUGCAGUUUCAUGUAGGGGGAAGCUCACCCAUGCUAAACAUGUUUGCAGUCCUGGCAUGGCGAAGUUAAGCAUCCAUAUGUCCAGCACCCUGAAAUCAUGAAUGGUGCUGCUACACAAACCUCUCAAGUCAUCGGUUUUGUUGUGCAGUCUUUGUAUCACAUCGUGCUUGUGUGUUUCUCAUACUAUCAAUAAAGAAUAAACCAUAAGGUUCUCUUCAGACUUUCCCAUCCUAACCCACCGGUCCAUGUGCUACAUCAGCUGUCCGGGUGGGGGCUGGCAUUGUGUCACCGGGGCUUGCUGGAUGUGGUCCUGAGUUGUCUUACAAAGCCAGCAUGUCUGCGUUUCACCCCCGUGUACGGCCGCUAAUAACUGUGGGUCGAUCGGCAGGAGAAGCACGCGGCCAGGUGCACCACCUAGCUGCCACCAAAUUGUCCAUUGGGCACCUUUGCUGGCACAGGUGCUUCCUGUGGGGUAAGGAGGUAAUCUAUCAUAAAUCUUAGUUCCCUUUGUCACAUUUGGCGUUAUCCUGAGGGUCAGCUGGACACUAUCUUUAUUAAAUCAGGAGGCAGCAGGGCGUCAGGGGGGGCGUGGCGGUC